AUGAUCGAAGAUCUUUCAUAUUUAUUCUUUAACGACUCGGUCACAAUUUAUAAUUUGACCAACUAUGGUGUUCAAGAAUCACCAACGGCAAUCUUUCCGACAGAUUCAAUCGACUAUUCACACCCGUAUCCAGUGCAACUUAAUGUUAUACUUGCUAUUAUUGGUACAUUGAUUUCCUUAUUAACAAUCGGUGGUAAUGUACUUGUACUUUUAUCGUUUUUUGUCGAUCGACAAAUACGUCAACCGACAAAUUAUUUCAUAUUUUCGUUGGCUGUAAGUGAUUUUCUUAUUGGAUUCGUCUCCAUGCCAUUUUUGACAUUAGCGAUAUAUAAAAAUAAAUGGGUGCUCGGUUCAUUCUUAUGCGAUAUCUGGUUAUCAUUAGAUUAUACUAUCUGUUUAGCGUCCAUUUAUACAGUACUUUUGAUUACUGUUGAUCGUUUUUGUUCAGUUAAAAUUCCUGCGAAAUAUCGUAAUUGGAGAACGGAAAAACGAAUUAUUUCUUUGGUGCUGUUAACAUGGCUUGUUCCAGCUGUUAUUUUCUUUGCUUCAACUAUGGGCUAUCCGUUUUUUAGUAAGAAACCAAACUUAAGCAAAAUUGAUUUACAAUGCGACGUACAAUGGAAUAAAAAUGCCUAUUUCAAUCUUGGUCUCACGAUUGGAUACUUUUGGGUGACGCUUCUAGUAAUGUUUACAUUAUACUUUUUUAUUUAUCAAGUUGCCAGUGCACUUGAAAAGCGUUCGCAAGCCAAUGCACAGAAAGUAUCCAAUCUGAUCGGUAUCUCGUCAUCAGCCAUGACUAAUCUUAUGCUCAAUAUGUCGAAAAAUCAUCAAGUUGCUCAGACGACACUUUCGUCAAUAUCAUCUGCAACGAAGAAGAAAAAAACACGGCUACAAUCGAAUUCAUCAUUAUCCAAACGGGCAAGUAUUGAUGAUGAUGCCGGAAGUUCACUUGUUAAUGAAAAUAAUAAUACAACUAUUCACAUGAAAGAAAACGGACUUGAUCCUACUAAUCGUUCGUCAUCGAAUGAAACAAGCGGUGAACAUACACCGACAGCUGUUGUAGCACCAAAUAUAACGAAUUUACUUGCUAUGUCAAAAGUCGGAAGUAAUUCGACUAAACAAGCCGAAGAAAAUCGAACACUUUUAUCGAAUAUGCAAAUUAAACCAACAUUUACAAUAACAACAACAGCAACAUCAUCAACUAUGAAAAAGUCGACUGGGAAAAGUGCUAAUGGUAGUAGUAGUAAAGCAAGAAAAGCAUUACGUACGAUAACAGUUAUUAUGGGAGCAUUUGUUCUUUGUUGGACACCGGUUAGUAUGGAUACAGAUAUGAAUUAUUGA